AUGCAUGAGGGCGACUCGAGAGUAACAGAGAUACGCUGGGUCUAUAGCGUCCCAAUUGCCGCCGCAAUCAUCAGCACCGGAUUGCGACUGUACUCAAAGCACCUUGGCAAGAUUGGCAUACACCUAGACGACUACUUCAUCAUCAUUGCAACAAUAUGUCUAAUUGGGCAAUGUGCAAGUGGCCUAGGAUUUGGCCCUCCUCAUGGUAUGGGUAGACACGUUGUCUACGUAUCUGAAUUCGACAAGACGAUGGUUCGGAAAGGCGACUUCAUCUUCAGCCAUUUCUACGACCUUGCACUUGUAUCAGUAAAACUCGGUAUCCUUGCCUUCUACUGGAGAAUUUUUAUCUACCCCGUGUUCCGCAAGAUUGUCCUCGUAACCGUCGCCUUCGUAAUUGCAUGGGGGAUUGGCAUCACGGUCACACUGUUCCUUGUGUGUCGGCCACUCAAUGCCUAUUGGGAGCAUACCGUGAAUGGUACUUGCUUGGCUAUUGUCACGUUCACUUACUUUACAAACCUCUCAAAUUUGGUUAGCGAUAUAUGGAUUUUCUUGAUGCCUGUUCCCAUGAUAUGGCACCUACAGCUACAGACAAAGAAGAAAUUACUUCUGUGUCUGAUUUUCUGUGUUGGUCUUGCGACUUGCGUUGUCUCUUCUCUUCGUCUCACCGUCAUUCUUGGUCAUAACAACCCCGAUUUCACCUGGUACUAUGUACCACUCGGCGCAUACUCCGUCUUUGAGCCUUUAGGCGGCAUCCUCUGUACCAAUCUCCCCAUUAUCUGGCACAUGAUGCGUAAGCGCAAAAGCAACCUCCCUCGUAACACCUCUGGGCCGGAAGUAUCACCUUCCGAAGGCCACACAACCACCAUUGGCUCAACAUCGUACCGAAACCGGCGCGCGCUUGCACUGAGCCUCACGAGACACGACCGAACACAGAAUAGCAGCUGCAUACAGACGAAUCUGGAAAAUGGAGCUGCAGCACAUGGCGGUUGGGAGCAGCUGGAGAGCAUGGAGCUUAUUGCGAAGCCAAAUUCAAAGAUCUGGGCUACGAUCGAGAGGAUCGAUGAUGAAGCCGAUGGUCCUUCGGGGCCGCUGCCACCGGGCAUGAGGAAGGCAACUUGGAGUGUGCGACGAUAG